AAACAAACCAACCUAAACUUUAUGGAGUAGUUCUCCAUAAAGAUGAAGGAAUGGCCACCACUUUUUGUCGAAUCCAAGAUCAACUGCCACUGAGGAGGGAGAGGACACAGGAAAAAGCAGAGAGACGGAGAGAGAGAGAGAGCGAAGAGGCAGAGGGAAGAGAUGGAAACCGGGAAUGCCGUACAAGGAUGAACACCAACGUCAACGACGACGCCAACAGUCACCAUCUGAAGCAAGAUCUGUAUCCCCAAACCGAAGCCACAACCUCCCGCCCCUACCCCCACCCCCGCCGGCCCCGCGGCUUCGCGGCAGCGAUGGGCGCCGCCGCCGACGGAGCCGCUUCCGGCGCAGGCGCCAAGGGGAAGAAGGAGAGGGAGAAGGAGAAGGAGCGGACCAAGCUCCGGGAGCGCCACCGCCGCGCCAUCACUAGCCGCAUGCUUGCCGGCCUCCGCCAGUACGGCAACUUCCCCCUCCCCGCCCGAGCCGACAUGAACGACGUCCUCGCCGCCCUCGCAAGGGAGGCCGGUUGGACCGUCGACCCUGACGGCACUACCUACCGAUCCUCUCCGCCUCCUUCGCAAAUGGGGACAUUUCUUGUUAGGUCAGUUGGAAGCCCAUUAUCUGCUAGUUCAUUGAGAAAUUGCUCCACUAGAGCUUCAUUAGACUGUCAGCCAUCAGUUCUAAGGCUUGAUGAGAGUUUAUCACCAGCAUCACUUGAUUCUGUUGUGGUUGCGGAGACGGAUACAAAGAGUGAGAAGUAUGCAAUUGCAAGCCCCAUUCACUCAGCUGAAUGUUUGGGGACUGACCAGCUUAUGCAAGACAUUGGUUCCAGGGAGCAUGAGACUGAUUUUGCAGGAACUCCUUAUGUCCCUGUUUAUGUGAUGCUUGCUACUGGUGUAAUCAACAAUUUCUGCCUGUUGGUUGAUCCUGAAGGUGUUAGACAGGAGUUAAGACAUCUGAAGUCUUUACAUGUAGAUGGUGUCGUUGUGGAUUGUUGGUGGGGUAUUGUUGAAGGGUGGAACCCACAGAAGUAUCUAUGGUCUGGUUACAGGGAUCUAUUUACCAUCAUCCGGGAGCUCCAACUGAAAUUGCAGGUUGUUAUGGCAUUUCAUGAGUAUGGAGGAAAUGAUUCUAAUAGUGUAUCAAUCUCCCUCCCUCAAUGGGUACUGGAGAUUGGCAAAGAGAACCCAGAUAUAUUCUUCACAGAUCGUGAAGGAAGGAGAAAUACUGAAUGCCUAUCUUGGGGCAUUGAUAAAGAACGAGUGCUAAAGGGUAGAACCGGUAUAGAGGUCUAUUUUGACUUCAUGAGAAGCUUUCGAAUAGAGUUUGAUGAUUUGUUUGUUGAGGGUCUUAUCUCCGCAGUUGAAAUUGGACUUGGAGCAUCUGGGGAGCUGAGGUACCCUUCUUUUGCAGAAAGGAUAGGAUGGAGGUACCCUGGUAUUGGUGAGUUUCAGUGUUAUGACAAAUACUUGCAACAAAAUCUACGAAAAGCUGCGAAAUUACGUGGACACUCCUUCUGGGCUAGGGGGCCUGAUAAUGCUGGUCAAUACAAUUGUAGACCACAUGAAACUGGCUUCUUCUGUGAACGAGGGGACUAUGAUAGCUACUAUGGACGUUUUUUCCUCCAAUGGUAUGCUCAGUCUUUAGUAAAUCAUGCCGAUAAUGUCCUAUCUCUUGCAGGCCUUGCAUUUGAGGAAACACGGAUAAUUGUAAAGAUUCCAGCCAUUUAUUGGUGGUACAAAACUACAAGCCAUGCAGCUGAGCUGACCGCUGGAUAUUAUAACCCUACAAACCAGGAUGGAUAUUCUCCAGUUUUUGAUGUUCUUAAGAAACAUUCUAUAACAAUGAAGUUUGUCUGGUCAGGAAUGCAGGUUCCUUGUCAGGAAACUGAUGAAGCAUUGGCUGAUCCUGAAGGUUUGAGUUGGCAGGUUUUGAAUUCUGCCUGGGAUCGGGGAUUGGCUGUGGCUGGUCAGAAUGGAGUUCCGUGUUAUGAUAGAGAAUGUUGCAUGAGAAUAGUUGAGACUGCAAAACCAAGGAAUGAUCCUGAUCAUCGCCACUUUGUGUUCUUUGUCUAUCAGCCUCCACCUUUUAUCCAAGGAACUGUUUGCUUCCCAGAAUCGGAUUACUUUAUCAGAUGCAUGCAUGGAGAAGUUGCUGCUGAACUAAUACCCUGAUAUAUACAAGCCCUCAUUUACAAGCCACUAGCAGUCAAGAAGGAUGAGUGAAGUGGCGGGAAUGGAAUCUGCAAGGUGUUAAAUAUGGAUGUAUGCUGAAUUCUCUGACCUUUUUCCCCGAAGAUUGUAAUCAUCUCUGCUAGAGACGUCCACUUUUCCUUCUGAAAUAGUUCAUUCAUAGUCCUAAUAUUGUCCAAAUCUUGCAUCUGAUUGCCAAAUGAAAGCAUGAAGCUAGUUAGAUGUUUAUUACUGUCAUCUUUAUGGUUGGUAUCUCAACUGUAAAAUUGAAGAUGAGAUUAAAAAAAAAGAAAAAGAAAUGGACUGCCUGGCUUGUGAUUGGUGAGCUAUUUUGUUGCAA